AUGCUACUUAAGCCAGAAAGCAAAAUGGCUCGGCUUACAGAUUUUAAAGUCCUCGCUUUCGACGUGUACGGUACACUAAUCGAUUGGGAGACUGGCAUGAUCACCAAUCUGCAGCCGCUCCUCAACGACAACAAUGCGGACUUCAGCAGGGAGAAGCUCCUUGACGUCAUCCACGAAUGCGAACGAGCACAACAACAGGCUACGCCAGCAUCUCAGUAUCAUGAAAUUCUCACUGCAAUCCAUCCGCAAAUCGCAGAGAAGCUGGGACUUCGCAAGCCCUCCUCAGAACAGAGCAAGGCUUUCGGGUUAUCUGUAGGCUCAUGGCCUGCAUUCCCAGACACCGUUGACGCCUUGAAGCGGCUGAGCAAGCAUUACAAACUUGUCAUACUUUCUAACGUCGACCGGGAGUCGUUUGCGGGCAGCAAUCAAGGUCCUUUGGAGGGCAUCAAGUUCGAUUUGAUUAUCACCGCACAAGACGUCGGCAGUUACAAACCAGACUUAAGAAACUUUCGAUAUCUUCUCAAAGAAGUUGAUCAGAAAUUUGGUGUAUCAAAGGAUGAGGUUCUCCAGACGGCGCAAAGCCAAUAUCAUGACCAUCGUCCUGCAAAAGAAACUGGCAUUCGUUCAUCUUGGAUAGUCAGGCCUGGAGCGAUCAUGGGAAACAGAGCCAGUCCUAUUUACGACUGGAAAUUCGAUACUCUUGGAGACAUGGCUGCUGCACUUGAGGAUGAGUUACAAUCUUAG